GGGGUAUAUAGAGGGGCCGCUGUGCACCUCGGGGCAGUGCAGCCCAGGGAAGGACACCACUGGCCCUCGAGUGCUUGCAUUGUCUCCUCGACUCUCCACCUUGGUGCCGGCAGACAUGGACAUAACCAUCCAGCACCCCUGGUUCAAACGCGCUCUUGGAUCCUUAUAUCCAAGCCGCCUGUUUGACCAGUUUUUUGGGGAAGGCCUUUUCGAGUAUGACCUCCUGCCUUUCCUCUCCUCCACCAUCAGCCCUUAUUACAGGCAGUCACUCUUCCGCACUGUGUUGGAGUCGGGCAUUUCUGAGCUCAUGACCCAUGUGUGGUUUGAAAUGCACAAACCACAUGCUGGACACCCCAAGAACAACCCUACCAAGGUGAGAUCUGACCGAGACAAGUUUGUUAUCUACCUGGAUGUAAAGCACUUCUCUCCUGAAGAUUUGACUGUGAAGGUGGCCGAUGACUAUGUGGAGAUUCAUGGGAAGCACAGUGAAAGACAGGAUGACCAUGGCUAUAUUUCCCGUGAAUUCCAUCGCCGAUACCGCCUGCCUUCCAACGUGGACCAGGCCUCCAUUUCCUGCUCCCUGUCUGCUGAUGGCAUGCUGACCUUCUCUGGUCCCAAGAUCCACUCCAACAUGGAAUCAAGCCACAGCGAUCGGUCCAUCCCUGUAUCUCGUGAGGAGAAACCCACCUUGGCUCCCUCUUCCUAGGCUGAGGCAGUGUGAGUCCCACAGGCUGCUGUCAGCUGCAGUCUGUACUCACCAAGCCAUUGCAUAGAUACCAGGGGAAAAUGUAGAAAAGUCGGAGUUGGUUUUUUCCUCUGCUCUAGCCUCUCUUCUUGUUGUUGUUUUCAUUUUCUUAGAUGGGACGAAGGUCUGAGAGAGUCUGAGACAUUGGGCCUUGAGGCCUCACCCCUAAAGAGCUGUGAUGUUAGUGAUGACCUAAAUCUAAAUGUUAAAAACCCCAAAUCCCAUCACCUGGCUGUUUGCAGGAAUGGCCAUUGUCCUAUGCUGUUUUUAAUAACAUCUUCGAGUGCCGGAGGGUGUUCCUGGGGUUAACCUCCAGUAAAUCAAAUGAGGGAGAAUCAGCAACUGAGUUGAUCCAGGUAAAGAUCAAUUGAACUGUGGAGAGUAGUUUACCUUUAAUAAAGUGCCUCCAGGGAACUGAAAGGUUCCUCACCUAUGACACAACCGAAUAUUUGCGGAUCACACAGCUGGAUUUUUAGACAGGUGUAUCCCUAUAGUAAGGAUGUUAGUUUCUGUUAGUGAUGCUUCCUAUGACAGCAAGGAGUAGGUGUUUCACAGCUUUGGAGAUUCUGUGAGAGAGUUACAUCAUAGCAUUACGGCUUCAGAUCCCCACUGGGAUCUCAUAAGGCUGCAUGUCUCAGACGAUCUUUCUCAAAAUCUUAAAAUUUCUAACAUAGGUUCACACCAUUUAAGAAUACCACCACUGGCCAUCAAUAAAGUAAAUGUGACAUGAGCAAA